GGAUUCACUCGGUGCCUUCUGGGAGCGAAAGGUUUAAAGGGAACGGGUUUUGUUUUCGCUGCACUACUUUAUGUAUAUCUCCGACCAUGAUUUUAAACGCAUUUAGAGUGCUAUUAACUUUGCAUGCAGUUCUCACCACCACUAGAUGUUUUUGUGUUAAUGUGAAUUUAUGAGAAUAAUUUUGGAACCAGAUGUCGAUUUCAGCGAUUGAUCAUCAUGCGAGUUUUCGCAGGGUCUAUAUCUUGCCUGCAGAGCGGUGCUGCGUCCCUUCUCUCCUUUCCUGUGUUGGCCGCCAUCUUGAAUUUUAAUGUUAAUUUUCUGGAAAUUUUUGUUUCCUCUGGAUUUUUUUAGACGGGAUUUAAUGGCUAUUCCGGCCCUCUAGGACGGACCAUCCACACCUCAGGAGACAGGUAAAAGGAAAAUACCUGGAUUUAUUGAUCCCACUCUACUGGGCUUCUUUAAGACGGAGACUAAAUGCUACUAGCUCAGGCGAAUUUUUGGUAUGAAGUGGUUGGGAGACUCCAAGAACAUGGUAGUAAAUGGCAGGAGACAUGGAAGCAGGUUCUCCAGUGAGCAUAAUCAAAAUCAAUCUAGGCUGCAACAUUCCCCAAGGGCACACAUAAGACACAGCAAAAGCUCCCCAAGCAGCAGACGAUGUAGUAAACGUUUUAGUGGGGUAAGCCUUGAAGCAGAAAGGCGAUACGUACCUUCCUCUGGAAUGACCGCCAAAGAGCUGUGUGAAAAUGAUGAUCUUGCAACCAGUUUGAUUCUUGAUCCCUAUUUAGGUUUCCAGACCCAUAAAAUGAACACCAGAUUCCGACCUAUUAAAGGAAGACAAGAAGAACUGAAGGAGGUGAUAGAAUACUUUAAAAAGCAUGAUAGCUUGGAGAAAGCUUUCAGAGCUUUGACUGCAGGAGAUUGGGCCCGACACUACUUCCUCCAUAAGACUAAGAUCCAGGAAAAGUUAUUCAAAGAACAUGUAUUCAUUUAUUUACGAAUGUUUGCCGCUGAUAGUGGGUUUGAAAUUUUGCCCUGCAAUCGGUAUUCAUCUGAGCAAAAUGGAGCUAAAAUUGUUGCAACAAAAGAGUGGAAGCGGAAUGACAAGAUCGAGUUUCUGGUCGGCUGUAUCGCAGAGCUGUCGGAGAGCGAAGAGAACAUGCUGCUCAGACAUGGAGAAAAUGACUUCAGUGUCAUGUAUUCCACAAGGAAGAACUGUGCUCAGUUGUGGCUUGGUCCCGCUGCAUUUAUCAACCAUGACUGCCGACCAGACUGCAAGUUUGUUUCAACUGGACGUGAUACAGCAUGUGUGAAGGUUCUACGAGAUAUUGAACCUGGUGAAGAAAUUUCUUGUUACUAUGGGGAUGGCUUCUUUGGUGAAAACAAUGAAUUCUGUGAAUGCCACACUUGUGAAAGGCGUGGCACAGGUGCUUUUAAAUCAAAAGUUGGACUGCCAGUCCCUGCUCCUAUAAUCAAUAGCAAGUAUGGACUGAGAGAAACAGACAAACGCUUGAACAGGCUAAAGAAGUUAAGGGAAAGCAGCAAAAACUCGGACAACCAGUCUGUCAGCUCCCAUACUGAUGCAGAUAACACUCAGGAAAACCCACACACAUCUUCAAAUAAAAAAACAGCAGGUGUGAAAAAGUUCAGCAAAAGCAGGACACUGACAAGACAGUCAUUAUCAAGAACUUCUACCUCAUCUUCAAAACAAAGUCAUAUUAGUAAUUCCAGGGCACCAAAGAGACUAAAAAACAAGCCCACAAAGCCUUCACACUCUAAACUGAGGUUAAGAAGUCAAAGGCAAAGGCCAGAGCAAAAGAGUUCCUCAAGGAAUCUUGACAUGGGGAGCUUGGUUCUUAAGGAGCCCAAGGUUGUUCUUUAUAAAAACUUACCAGUAAAAAAUGAGACAGAAACAGGGGGACCAGUCAGAGUGGAGGGGGAAAGUGGAUGCUUGACAAGGCAUGCUGCAAAAGAAAACAAACACCAUUGUAUAAAAGGUGCUACUGUAUAUGAUGGGACUUUAUCUUGCACUUAUAGUACAAGGAGGUCUACAAGAACUAGGAUGACUUCUAAGACGACCUCUGACCUUAAGCUUGAACCAAAUAUAUUGGACAGUCACAGUGACCAUAACGUGGUAAUAAAAAGUGAGCCAACGGACUUCGAGGAACAUAUGUGUAUGACGCAGGGAAUUCAAUUGAACGACUCUUUGCCUAAACUGGAGAAUAACUUCCAGAGAAACGGAGCGUGCUUACGCAGGAGGAGUCUGCAAGUAAAACAAGAGAGAACAAUUAAAUUAGAAGAGACAGAUUCAUUCAGUGAUGCUUUUUUUCAGGAAGGUGUACAUCAGUUAAUGAGCCCAUCAUGUGCAAGUGACAUUGGUGAUUGUGGGAAAAUGCUGUUGAACAUCCCUGAUAGGCAUCAGGAAUGCAAAGGGGCAUCCAAUGGGGGAACAUUAAUCACUGUGGACAAGAGCAAAGAUGGCUGCCGAACAGUUGGAAAAGGUAAAAAGAAACGAAGAAUCACGCGAUACGACGCACAGCUGAUCCUUGAGAACAGUUCAGGGAUUCCUAAACUUACACUGCGCAGACGCCGUGAUAGCAGCAGCAGUAAAACGAAUGAACCGGAAACUGAAUUGGUGAAUUCUUCAAAGAUCAGCAUCAAAUUUAGCAAAGAUCACGAAAAAGAUAAAAACAAUUCAUAUGUAGCAAAGCUUAAUAAUGGUUUUAACACAGGAUCAAGCAGUAAUCCGACAAAACUUAAAAUCCAGUUAAAACGGGAAGACGACGAUAGAGGGGUGAACCAGUUGCAUUCAGAGGACGUGAGGAAGAAUAGCAUUUCUUUAGGUGAAAGCGGUGAAAUGUACGAUCAUGUAGAAGACGGGACAGAAGAAGCAGAUGAUGAAUCUUCAUCUGAAGAUGAAGAGGAGGAAGAUUACUAUGAUGAGGAAUUUGAUGAUGAUUUUAUUCCUCUUCCUCCAGCUAAAAGGCUUAGACUUAUUGUUGGAAAAGAUUCUAUAGACAUUGACAUUUCCUCUAGAAGGAGAGAAGACCAGUCAUUGAGGCUCAAUGCAUAAGCUGAAGGUCUUAGCCUGACCUUAAUGUACAUAAGUUAACUUUCCAAUCAACUGUUUCUUGAUUUAAAAAAAAAAGAAAAAUUAAAAGACUUUUCUGUAAAUUUUAGUGAUGGCACUUCUUCAUUGUUUAUUCAUUACCGACGUUGAUAUUGUAGAAAGUGUACAGUAUAAUAACUCUUCCUAUGUCUGAUCUGUUCAUAUUUUUAUUGUACUUUUUAAUAGCCUUAUGUGCAAUUCUGUAAAGAGCCUGUGCUGUGUUGUAGAAUAAAGGCUAAAA